AGAAAGAGGGAGGGUGGGACAGAUAUAGACCGAGGUCUGUUAGAAAAAAAAAAGAACAAGAUAAAGUUUUAAAAGAACCUUUAAAAUGUAAAUUUUACAGUUAGUUUGAGGAAUAUGACUAAUUAAAGCAGACACAGUGCGGAGAAGAAGAGAACGAGAAGAACAGAUCCUGCAGACGACCAGCUGGUUUAAGGACUGAAGACGUCUGCAAAGGAAAACCAAGCAAAGAUCCAGAUCAGGAGGUGAACGAGUCGGGAACACAAGUGUCACAAAGACCAGAGAUCUGAAACAGCAGGAUGUCGGUGUCUCAGCAGUGCUUAUGUGGUGUCAAAUAUUUGAUGUUUGUCUUUAAUCUCAUCUUCUGGCUAGGAGGAUGUGGCCUGUUUGGAGUUGGAGUCUGGCUGUCCUUCACACAGUCAGAGUUUUCCUCUCUUCCACUUUCAUUUCCGUCUCUCUCAGCUGCCAAUCUGCUGCUAGUUGCUGGUGGUAUUACUAUGGUAACGGGCUUUCUGGGUUGUCUUGGAGCCCUUAAGGAGCAGCGUUGCCUGUUGUUUAUGUUCUUUUUGAUCCUGUUACUCCUGGUCCUGAUAGAGGUCACGCUUGUGUUGGUUACCCACAUUUUUCAUGACAAGCUGGAUUCAAGAGCACAAAAGGAAUUAAAGGAAGAUAUGAAACUGUAUAAAUCAGAACCUGGACUUGAAAAAUCCUGGGACAGUGUCCAGAAAAUGUUCAAGUGCUGUGGAGUAACCAAUAAAACAGACUGGUAUAACGUGCUGAAUGGGACUCUGCCGUCAUCGUGCUGCUCUGUUGGGACAGACGCCUGUGUUGAAGGAUGGCCCGAGCCAUGCUACCAGAAGGCCAGAGAGUGGCUGCUGAACAACAUCCCCUCUGUCCUGGUGUUUGGAGUGUGUAUUGGUGUUGUGCAGAUCCUGGCGCUGGUGUUCUCCAUGCUCAUGUACUGUCAAAUCCUCUCUGUGGAGAAACACUUGGGCUAACUGGAGAAAAGCUGUUUAACUGAUGUGAUAAGAAACUCCUGACCUGAAUCCCUAAAACUCCCAGUCCAGACUGGGAUGCUCCACUGAUUAAUUUGGGUUCAGAGUUCAGUCUCUACAUUAUUGUGUGGCUAUUUAGUCUGUUUCCCACACUCAUGUUUUGUACAGAAGCUGUGUUAAGUAACCCACUAAUGGUCUUUAUUUCCUCGAGUGUGGAUACGAUCUGAUAAAUAUUUUAGUAUGAUACUGAAGCUAGCAGCAACUGUAUGAUGCCUCUGGAUUUUAUUAUUUAUCCAAGAUGUCAAGAACCAAAGAGGAGGGAGGAUUCUUAAUUUAAUAACCUGCUGGUUCAGUUUGUGUAUUUAAUCCAACACAAUAAUAGGAGAAAAUAUUCUUGACAAGUGGACCCUGCAAAAAGACAUUUUUAUCCUGUAAAACUUUGCAAAUGUUGGAUGUAUAUCUGGUUCACUUAUUUUACAGCUGUUUAAAUCUUUUUAUUGCUGCAACAUUUUCAAAUAUUAGUCAUUCAGAAUGUAACUCUUGGUGUUUCUGUGGAGCCUUCACCUUCUCGCUGACACCGAGGAGCAAAAACACACAGACACAGGAAGUACUGGUAAAGUUUAUUAGAUGUGAGGAUUACUGAUGUACCAGGAUCAUUUUUAUUCAAGCACAGAAAAAUACAAAUGAUCCUGUCUGACAACAGUUGGAGCGACAGCCUGAUUAAGCCUUGUGACACUAGCAGAACGUGAGCACGUGAUGACUUUAAUAAACUACACAGUUAUUUUGCAAAAACACCUGAGCUGAAUCAAAUCGGUAAUCAGACGAUGGAAGCUCGUCAAAUAAGACCAACCGUUAAUGCCUCUGUCAUUACAUCCUGUUUAUUUUAGUGUUUUCCUUAUAAGUUAUUGCAAUUAUUUGAAGUAAACCAGUGAACUAUUAAAACCUUAAGCUUA